CGUUCAACAGUGGUCUGGGAAUUAUUGGUCCCUGGAGAGCAUAUAUCCUCUCUCUCUCUCUCUCUCUCUCUCUCUCUCUCUCUCUCUCUCUCUCAGUCCUGUCAAACACAAACGGCAGCUUUAGUGCUCUCUGACCGCUCACUUCAGAUAUGGGGCGGCUCAAGACACAAGUAUUGAUCAUCUUCUGCUUAUUAUUUGUUUGCUACGGGGCGGAAAAAUUCAAAAAUAGAGGUCUGCGCCAGAAGGAUGUCGAUUACAUGGAGAAAUAUUCCACCUGUCUCCAAGGUCCUGCAGGCACUCCGGGAAAAGAUGGAAAUCCAGGUGUUAAUGGAAUUCCAGGCUCUCCGGGUGUCCCUGGUCGGGAUGGUGCGAAAGGGCAGAAGGGUGACUGUGUGACGGAGAAGUUUGAAGAGCCAUGGAAACCCAAUUACAAGCAGUGCGCCUGGAACUCCCUCAACUAUGGCAUUGACCUGGGGAAAAUUACUGAAUGUACAUUCACUAAGAAGCAUGCAGACAGCUCUUUACGAGUGUUGUUCAGUGGAUCUCUCAGGCUGAAGUGUAAGACAGCUUGUUGCCAGCGCUGGUACUUCACUUUUAAUGGGGCAGAAUGCACUGCUCCACUGCCAGUAGAGUCCAUCAUUUACCUGGAUCAGGGCAGUCCAGAACUCAACUCCACCAUUAACAUACACAGAACCACAUCAGUUGAAGGUUUAUGUGAAGGUAUUCGUAAAGGCUUGGUAGAUGUUGCUAUCUGGUUGGGUACCUGUGGCGACUAUCCCCAUGGCGACGCUUCCACUGGAUGGAAUUCUGUUUCCAGGAUGAUCAUAGAAGAACUUCCUCUGAGCAGCUGAGUCCUUCACAAUCUUCAAGAAACAUCACGACUCCUCAACAAACACUUUAAAUUAAAGGACUAGUACACCCAAAAAGAAAAUUCUGUCAUCAUUUACUCAUCCUCAUGUGUUUUGAAAGCAGUAUGCUGUUAUUUUUUCUGUGGACAAAAGGAGUUAUUAAGCUGCUCUUUUCAAUAGAAGUUAAUGGUAACUAGGGUUGUCAAGCAAGAUUUUCAUUGAAUAAUGACUUAAAUUUCAGACUGCUCCUCAUACAAAAUGCAUAGUAAAAAAAAAUCCUGUUGUUUAAAAAAAAAAAAAAACUGGCAGCUGUGG